AUGGAUCGUAUUGAAGUCGAGCCUGAACAAAUUAACGUGAAUUUAGAACAACCAUCAGCUAAUCAAUCAGGAUUAUUACAGAAAUAUUGUCAAAACCGAAAACUAAUGUGGAUCAUUAUUUCCAGUAUUAUUGUCGUUCUUGUUUUGAUUAUAAUUAUUCCAAUAGUUAUUCUCAAAACAAAACCAUCAACAACAAUCAUAACAACAACAAUGGUGACAACAGAAAUAACAAUAAAAGAAAUUACAACAAUAAAGAACAAACAAACAACAGAAGAACAAACUAAAUCAAAAUAUAAACAGUGGAAACAGAAUGGGAUCACAAUUACCGGAGGAAAUAAUCUGGAAAAUGAAUUAGACCAGCUCUAUGAGCCUCACGGUAUUUUAAUUGAUGACAAGGCUAUUAUUAUUGUAGAUCAUCGGAAUCAUCGCAUUCUUGAAUGGAAAAUUGGUACCCAGACUGGUGAAAUCAUUGCAGGUGGAAAUGAAUCUGGAGAUAAACUUGAUCAAUUGGCUCAACCUGUAGAUGUAAUUCUUGACAAACAAAAUGAUUCAUUGAUCAUUUGUGAUUGGAACAAUAAACGGGUGAUGCAAUGGUUUCGUAAGAAUCAGACAAAUCCACAAGUUUUCAUUCCUAACAUCGACUGUUAUGGUUUGACAAUGGAUAAUAAUGGAUCUAUUUAUGUUACUGAUUGGAAGAAGAGCACAGUCACACGAUGGAAAGAAGGAGAAAUAAAUGGAACACUAGUUGCAGGUGGAAAUGGCGAAGGAGAUAGGCUCAAUCAAUUAAAUUUCCCUGCUUAUAUCUUUGUCGAUAAAGAUUAUUCUCUUUAUAUUUCAGAUAAUUUCAAUCAUCGCGUGGUAAAAUGGAGAAAUGGUGCGAAAGAAGGAACUAAGGUGGCUGGCGGAAAUGAGCGAGGGAAUAGUCUCAUGCAGCUGUCGUCCCCUCGAGGAGUGUUUGUUGACGAUUUGGGUCUCAUCUAUGUCGUAGAUCACUACAAUCAUCGUAUAAUGCGUUGGUGUGAAGGAGAUAAACAAGGUUCAGUCGUUGUAGGUGGAAAUGACCAAGGACAAAGAUCCGAUCAAUUGGAUGGCCCCGUAGAUUUAUCAUUUGAUGCUGAAGGAAAUCUAUAUGUUAGCGAUUCUAAUAACGAUCGAAUUCAAAAAUUUGAACUCUGCGUUACUGAAACAAUCUGUUAA